GCCACACAACACAUUCACUACACACAUUCAUCAUCUUCUCUUUCCUCGCUCUCUCUCUUCUCUUUCAAUAAUGGAGUUGGGAAGCAUACUCCACUUCCUUCAGGAUAAGACCAUUCUCAUCACUGGAGCCACUGGUUUCCUUGCCAAAAUUCUGGUGGAGAAGAUACUGAGGGUUCAACCAAAUGUUAAGAAACUAUUUCUUCUUUUAAGAGCUGCUGAUGCUAAGUCUGCUACUCAUCGCUUGCAAAAUGAGAUCAUAGGCAAGGACUUGUUUAGAUUGCUAAAAGAAAACUUAGGUCCAAACUUCAAUUCCUUCAUAGCACAAAAGUUGACACUCGUUCCAGGGGAUAUUUCUCGCCAGGAUUUGGGUUUGGACUCUGAUUCUAUUCUCAAGCAACAAAUUUACGACCAAACACAUGUUAUUAUUAAUUUAGCUGCAAAUACCAACUUUGAUGAAAGGUAUGAUAUAUCGUUGGGCCUAAAUACCUUUGGAGUUAAGCACGUCAUAAAUUUUUCCAAAAAAUGCACUAAACUCAAAGUGCUUGUGCAUGUAUCAACAGCUUAUGUGUGUGGAGAGGGAGAAGGUCUAAUAAUGGAGAAGCCAUAUGAGAUGGGUGUUUCACUAAAUGGAGUUGUUGGAUUAGACAUCGAUGCCGAACACAAACUCAUACGUCACAAAUUAGCUGACCUUCAACAUCAGGGAGCCACAGAGAACGAAAUUAAAAUUGCCAUGAAGGACUUGGGUAUUACCAGGGCAAAGAAGUAUGGAUGGCCAAACACAUAUGUAAUGACAAAAGCAAUGGGAGAGAUGAUAGUAGAGGAGGAGAAAGUCAAAGGAGACUUGGGUGUUGAUAUUGUGAUUGUUCGUCCUUCCAUUGUUACCAGCACCUUCAAGGACCCUUUCCCCGGUUGGGCCGAGGGUGUUAGAACCAUUGACAGUCUUGCUGUUGCUUAUGGUAAAGGAAAACUCACUUGCUUCCUUGGAGAUCUCAACGCCAUUGUUGAUGUCAUACCAGCAGAUAUGGUGGUCAAUGCAAUACUAGUGGCCACGGCAGCUCAUGCAACUCAUCGUGCUAAUGGUAAUGGCAUAUAUCAUGUUACUUCCUCUGUUAGAAACCCACUUCGAAACUGGAAUCUGCAAGACGUGGGGUACAGGUAUUUCACGGCCAAACCAUGGAUCAACAAGGAUGGUAAGGCAGUGAAGGUUGGCAAAUGCAAAAUUCUGAGCAGCAUGGACAGCUUCAACAGACACAUGUUCCUCCGCUACUUUCUUCUCUUAAAGGGACUGCAGCUGGCCAACACUGCCUUUUGCCACUUCUUCCAGGGAACCUAUCUUGAUCUCAACAGGAAGAUUCAGAUCGUCCUGCGCUUGGUUGACCUGUACAAGCCUUACUUGUUCUUCAAGGGAGUUUUUGAUGAUCUCAACACACACAACUUGAGACAAGCUGUCCUCAUAGACACUCAUCUCUUUUACUUCGAUCCCAAGCUCAUCAAUUGGGAUGAUUACUUCCUCAACACUCAUCUCCCUGGUGUCGUCAAAUAUAUCUUCAAUAAUAAGAAUUAUUAAU